AUACUUUUCAAGCCUUCAAAUUUUCAGCCUCUCUCUCUCUCUCUCUACAAAUGAGGCUAAAUAACUCUUUCUUCCCUCUAUAGAUGACGAAGCCCUUAGCUGCGGUCGUCGCCGCCGCUACAGUACUGACUCUGACAGUAGCAAUCGUGUUCCUGACGUCAUCCGCCAAUGCCCUCGGCGGCUCUUCCACCACGCUGGCCGUCAUGUACGGCGCCUCCACCGCCGUCUGCGGUAUUGUAGCGGGGCAAUCCACUCAGAAUGUUCAAUGCUGGACAAGCGGCCGGAGCACGCCGGUGACCGUAUAUCCGGAAGUAUCUUUCGAUUUCAUCGCCGGCGGGAUUGACGUACUCUGCGGCGUCCGCUCAGGCGGCUUCGCGCUCCUAUGCUGGAACCCUAAUUUCACCCCCAAAAGGCUCUACCUCAACUACACAACCCCACUUUCCAGCCUCACAAUCGGCGAUACUCAAAUUUGCGGCCUAACAAACGGGUCGACCCGCAACGCCCUGUGCUGGCGCGGCGGCGCGAUUUCUAACCAACAAAAUGGGCCAUCGGAUUCAUCGGAAGAAUUCCAGUCAAUUUCAUCCGGGUCAGGGUUUACUUGCGGCGUCGUGAAAUCCUCAAACAGAGUUUCGUGCUGGGGAGCGACACCAAUCGCCUCAGACCUAGAAACGCAGUUCCAGAACGAAUCAAUGGCGGACAUUAACGCCGGCGGGAGCUUUGCUUGCGGGAUAAACACCACCGGCUUUGUAAUCUGCAAAGGAAGCAACGAAAAUGGCGAAUUGGAAGUUCCGUUCAAUUCCGCUUACGAGUACAGCGGAUUAACGUUAGGGUUAAACCACAGCUGCGCAAUCCGGAGAGUGAAUCAGACCGUGGUGUGUUGGGGACGAAACGGUGCCGUUUCGAGUAGCGUAGUGGCCGGCGUCCCCUUUGAAUCCAUAGUUUCCGGCCCGGAUUUCACCUGUGGAUUAAGAACAAGCAAUUUUUCAGUGGUGUGUUGGGGCCCCGGUUGGACGAAUAAUAAUAAUUCAUAUCCUCAAGCGGCCGAGCUUCCUCUCCCGAAGAUUCUCCCGGCGCCGUGCGUUAAUAGUAAUUGCGAUGAAUGCGGCGUUUAUCCCCUCUACCAAUCUCUAUGCUCCGGUGAUCGGAAAAUCUGUAAACCGUGUGACCUUCCAUCUUCAUUCCCGCCAUCUUCACCCCCGCAAAAUCCGCCGCCUCCGCAAAAUCCGGAGCGUUCCAAACGGCUUAGGAGAGGUUUAUUAGUUUUCUCAAUUGUCGGUUCAGUUGGGGGAUUUGCGGGAAUCUGCACGAUUCUUUACUGUCUAUGGACAGGCGUUUGUUUCGGGAAGAAGAAGAUUCACAAUUCCGUUCAGCCUACCAUAACCGCCGCAAAUCCUCAACAGCAAUCCAGCAGCGGCCCUCUCUCACGCUCCUCCACGCUCCGGCGGCAAGGCUCCCGCCUAAUGCGGCGGCAGAGGAGCGGAACCUCCUCGAAACACGCCGACAGGGCGGAGGAAUUCACGUUCCCCGACCUCGUCGCCGCCACAAACAACUUCUCCUUGGAAAACAAGAUCGGCGCCGGCAGCUUCGGAGUCGUUUACAAAGGCAAACUCCCCGACGGCCGCGAAGUGGCGAUCAAACGAGGCGAAACAGGGCCGAAAACGAAGAUUUUUCAGGAAAAAGAAAGCGCAUUUCAGUCGGAAUUAUCGUUCUUAUCCAGACUUCACCACAAACAUUUAGUCAGACUCGUCGGUUUCUGCGAGGAAGGAGAAGAGAGGCUUUUAGUGUAUGAAUUCAUGAAAAACGGAGCUCUCUAUGAUCACUUACACGACAAGAACAAUGUGGAGAAAAGCAGCAACAUUGUGAAUUCAUGGAAAAUAAGGAUUAAGGUUGCCUUAGACGCCGCUCGUGGCAUCGAAUAUCUGCAUAAUUACGCGGUUCCUCCCAUAAUCCACCGGGACAUCAAGUCAUCGAACAUAUUGUUGGAUGCAAAUUGGACCGCGAGAGUUUCUGAUUUCGGGUUAUCGUUAAUGGGGCCGGAUUCUGACCGGGACUACAGCCGGCCGAUGAACAAAGCCGGGACAGUAGGUUACAUUGAUCCCGAAUACUAUGGCCUAAAUGUGUUGACCACAAAGAGCGACGUAUAUGGUCUGGGAAUCGUCUUGCUAGAACUCUUAACCGGGAAAAGAGCGAUCUUUAAGGCUAACGGGGGCGAGGGUGCCCCGAUGAGCCUGGUGGACUACGCUUUGCCGGCGAUCAUGGCCGGGGAAUUGACCAAGAUUUUGGACCCGAGAGUUGGGUUGCCGGAGCCGAAUGAAGCCGAGGCCGUCGAAUUGGUGGCGUACACUGCAAUGCAUUGUGUGAAUUUGGAAGGGAAAGAUAGGCCUUCCAUGACUGACAUUGUUGUGAAUUUGGAGAGGGCUUUGAACCAUUGUGAAGACAGCCAUGGCAGCAUCUCUAGUGGUCAAAUCUCCAUUGUUUCGGAAUGAAAUAACCUUAGACUUGUUUAGUUCUUUACUUUGAUUUCUUUCUUUCUUUCUUUUUUGAUUGAUUUGUGUGAUUACAUUCUUCUUGUUCUGGGAGAAGAAAGCUUAAUUUAGCUCUAACUUGUAGGGAUUUUUUAGACUAACCCCCACAUGUCACAUUUUCUUGAUUAAGCAUUAUGUUGGUUUAAGCUUUAUUCAAAAUUUUAAGCCAUGGUUGUGGCUUCAAUUGUUGGUUC